ACGCGCAAAAGGUAGAAGAUUUGUAGUUCCAAAACAACUUCUUCUCACCACAAUAACUACUGGAAUAACUUACAACCAGGUAGAGUUUAUACCACUACUUUAAAGUACUCAACUCGCUCUCUGAACAGACAUACGCUUGUCACCAAGGGUCCUGGAUGGAAAAAUUCUACAAAUUCAUACUUUCCCGCACCAGAUACGACACUGGGCUCCUCCUUAUCCUCGUCUCCAUCGGCCUCUUAGCCGCAGCAAGCUGCGCAAUCAAGCGAUACCUCUCUCGGUACGAAAGAGAACCUGAAACCGGGGACUUCCCACCUGAAGACGAGGAACUGGUGCAUUAUGAGCAACUCCUCCAGCCUAGCGACGAGCAGAUCUGAUACUUUCAGAAAACGACACAGAAUGGAGCAAACGCUUAAUUGGAGGAGAGCAACCUUGAUGACUCCAAGCAGCAACAUGAGAAAGACAACAACGGCACCUAAGAAAUUGGUAGAGUUUACCAUCUUCGAAGACAAGACGGCGACUGUCGACAAUAUAACUGCGAUUAACGACGCGCGCGCCGAGGAUCAGAAAGAGCAGUUCCGGUUUUGGCUGGAGUACAUUAUCCAGAGGUGCGAGGUACUCUAUGGACUGGAAGUUUGCGACUGGGCCUUGAGCCUUUCUCACCACGUCGAUUCAUUAAAUGGCAACGAUGUCUAUGCAACAAAGUUCAAGCGCUGGAAGGAAAUCAUGGAGGGAAGACUGGACACAUAUGAAGAAAUGUGGAGAGAUCCAGCGGUCUGGAGGAAUAAUAAACUGAUGGAGGAUUCGGCUUUAUAUUGGCUGCGUUCUUUGGUUGCGAGUCUGGUGAAGGCUGGCAGGACACUCUUCCCCGACUCCUGGAGGAAAGUGUCAGUCCUUAACGAGAUGCUGGCCACUCCAGCAGCUCGCUUCAUCUGUGGGUAUUUUGCUGGAGAGGGUCUGUCCUGGGACUGGAGAGGUCCAGAUUAUUAUGCGCAUAAGAGAUCUGCGUGGCGUAUGAUAAUGCGAGCACACCUGGACAUGGAGAUCGAUGAAGUGGGUGUGCAGAUGGUACUGAAAAGAUCAGUAGACAUCGAGUGUGACCAAGAGGGUGUGCAGACAAUAGUGACAAACUCAAUUUGGACCAAUAAGCUUAGGAAACGCAUGCGGAACCUUGGCUGGGAGGAUUUGCAAACCUUGGAGAGUCUGACGCGGUGAGCCGGUUACCAGGCACAUUCACCUCGAAACUUUGGCGAUGAACUUACAUAACUGCACGGGG